AUGUUCGAGCUGGACGGCACGCCGUGGAGAAGACGCCAUCGGGCAAACAACCUAACGCGUAAGGCUGCUCAUCAGCGUCGCCUCCUGUUUCCCGACAUAAACUAUAUCUUGGGUUUGCGUCGCCUUACGGAUGCCGAGAUCGACACGAUAGAUCUCGAGGAAGACAAUAGCCUGCUCAGUAAUCGGGAACAGAAGGAAACCAUCGCAAAAAUUGUGACGGAACCUCCAGGAAGUGUGCCGUUCAUUAUCUUUGGCCCCCCUGGCACCGGGAAGACGCUGACCGUCGCCAAGGCUGCUCUCCAGCUUCUCAAGCGCAAACCAGAUGUUCGACUGCUCAUGUGCGCGCCGACGAAUGAAGCAGCUGAUCUGUUGGCAUACAAGAUGAUGGAGCUAGGACCCACGCAGCUGUUCAGACUCAACGCGCCCGGCCGUCCCGUUGACUCGGACACGAAGCUCAGGGCUGCACUCAAAGACUUCAGUGUUACCAAGGACGACAAGUACGGCAUCCCGGACUUGGACCGCCUGCAGUCGUACAGGGUGGUCGUUGCGACCUGCGCAUCUGCAGCCAUCCCAUAUCUUCUCCAAAUCGAACGUGGCUGGUUCACUCACAUCUUCGUCGAUGAAGCGAGCCAGUGUACAGAGCCCGAUACAAUGAUCCCGCUCAAGCUCCUUGCAGACCAAAAAACGAACAUCAUUCUCGCCGGUGAUUUCAAACAGCUUGGCCCAGUCAUUCACUCGAGUCUCGCCAGCGACUUCGGCCUCAAACACAGUUACAUGGAACGGCUCUCAGACUUGCCUAUUUACGACUUAAAGGACUACGGAGGAGUGACGAUCAUCAAACUACUCAACCAUUUCAGAUCACACCCCGCGAUCAUUGGAUUCUCAAAUCAGCACUUUUACGACAACGAACUGAAGCUGUGUGGCGACGAGGCAAUCACGCAUAGCAUGCUUGACUCAGAUGUUCUGGAUGGUCUUAACCCCAAAUUCCCCGUGGUCUUUCACGCUGUCAAAGGCCGGGAGGUCCAGAAAGGACACUCUCCCUCCUACUUCAAUAUGCCGGAGGCGAUGCUUGUAUCAAGAUACUGCGAGAUGCUAAUCAACGAUACAAACUGUCCCAUCACCGCGCAAGAAAUUGGAAUUAUAAGCCCGUACAGUGCGCAAUGCCACAAGAUCCGCGCGCUCCUCAAACAAUCACCCAUGGAUACGGACGCACUGCGUAUCGGCUCGACGGAACAGUUUCAGGGCCAGGAUUACCGUGUCAUCAUCAUAUCGACUGUACGUAGCAACCAGAAGCGCGCGGACAGAGACAUUCGCCAGCGGCUCGGGUUCGUGGCAGAUCCACGCAGGUUUAACGUCGCUACAACGCGAGCACGGUCUCUUCUCGUCGUCAUCGGCGAUCCAGAUGUCCUCGCACUUGACGAUGUUUGGCGUGAGUUCAUGGUGUAUGUGAAGGCCAAUGGCGGCUGGAGAGGAAAAUUCGUCUCGGGGUCAUACGGCAAUGGUUGCAAUGCAGGAUUUGAAGGAGAGACUGGUGGUGAAGGUGCCGUGGACCAGUGA